UAUAUUGGAGGUGGUGACUUGUCUCCAUCUAAGGCGCCACUUCUAGACGGACGUACACGGUCGUCUUUGGUUCAUUCUGAGGGACUGCACUGACGAAGACCAGACAUCUAACCAUGAAACCCUUUUUGAAGGUGCUUGUGAUUCUGUUCUGCAUCGCCAAGGGAGAAGGCCACUGGCUGAGGUCACUGAUUGGCCUGAAGCAGAAAACUCUAUUGCCUCCAGACGAGGGCAGAAGAAGCAGACAUUUAGUUGUAGAGGAAGUCCAAACGGAAGCCUCUGGAGCGGAGACAUCUCCCGUCUACGUUGCCCCAAAUCCGGUCCGGACACGCCGCUCAACUCCCAGCUCCCAGUGCGGCCUGCGCUCCAUCCUGCUGCAGGUUCGAGACCUGGGGUUAGGCUACGACUCGGACGAGACGGUCCUAUUCAAGUACUGCAGCGGGACGUGUCCCCGCGCUCGCUCCAACCACGACCUGACACUCAGCAACCUGCUGCUCAGCGGACUGCUCCCGCACCCGACCCCCGGGGAGCCGUGGCACAGCGCCCCGUGCUGCCGGCCCACCCAUCACGAGGACAUGGCCUUCCUCGACAAUUCCCACCGCUGGCACAAAGUGGAGAAGCUGUGUGCCGCGGGCUGCAGCUGCGCGGAUUAAA